ACACAUUUUGAAUACUUGAAUAUACAUUCGGGUGGUUUUAAACGCUUAUAUGCGUAUAGGGUCAAACAAAUGUGAGCUAAGAUAUAGUGGUGUCGUCAUGGCUGCCUUUAAACUGCUUUCAUUUUGAGUGAACGGAGCAGUUUUAGUGGUUAAAACCCGUUUAGUAUUAGUGUUUGUACCAGUGAGUUGAUAACAGAAUAGAUAAGAUUUUGUUACAGCGUACACAUGAGUUGUGUAAAGGCUUGUUGCAGUGGUCACAAGGUGCCGCCAACAUGGCUAUGGUGAAGAGUGGCUGGCUCCACAGGCAAAGUACCAUACUGCGGCGCUGGAAGAGGAACUGGUUUGACUUGUGGUCGGACGGACGCCUGGUCUUCUACAACGACCAGCAGCGCCGGGACAUGGAGGACGACAUUCACAUGAGGGUGGACUGCAUCAACAUCCGCGGUUGCGCCGCGUGUCAAGAGUUGAACCCUCCGGACGGGAAGACGCGCGACGCUUUGCUGCAGAUCGUGUGCAGGGAUGGAAGGGUUAUCAGCCUCUGCGCGGACAGUGCGGAUGAUGCCCUGGCGUGGACCAUGGCACUGCAGGAUGCCAGAAUUAAUACGAUGGUCGCAACUCCUCAGGUGGGCUUCACGCCGGAGGUGAUGGAGCCCGCUCCACCGCCAUACUCAGAAUACGCCACCCCACCCCAGUUCUACACUCAGGGCCAGUACGGAGAUUAUGGUGCAUCUUCUCCGCAAGCGACGCAGAUAGUCUAUGCUGCCGACGGGCAGCCCUACGCCGUCGCAUACCCUUAUCAGUACCCAGGUGGCUACACCGCGCCCGGCGUCAACCACGUGGUGAUCCAGGAGCGCCAGCGCGACAACGGCGGGGACGUGGCCAUGGGCAUGCUGGCGGGAGCGGCGACGGGUCUGGCACUGGGCUCGCUCUUCUCCGUCUUUUAAGUAGUUUGUGCGUUGCCGUUUGUCUACUAGAGCAAAUGUCGCUUCCUGUCCACUCCACACGUUUAUGCAGCAAUCUGCUUCCUCUCUGCCUACGACGCGUUCAGGACGGUCCUGAAAUAUUCAAUUAACUUCCGCACUUUCCCCAAAGCUUUCAGACAUCACGAUGCUGGUUGAUUUCUAUCCAUCCAUUUUCUGUAGCGUUUUCCCCAUGAGGGUGGCACCUGAGCUGGUGUCCGUCCAAGGCCGGAAAGUAGUCACGGCGCUUCACUUUUUCCACAUUUAUUUCUGUCCAGUGUGAACCCCAGCAUGUUAACGGUUCGGCAUUCAAGAAUUUGCUGAUUUUUGGGGGGAACCUAUUCCUCGUUAUUCGCUGAAAAACUUAAUUAUCUGCCCAAGGAAGUAAAAUAUAUUCAGGUUAGUUGAGAAAUUUCAUUUCAAUAUAAGUGUUGUGGCACCAUCUUGUGGCAUCAUUGGUGAUUUUUGCUGUUUGCGGUGUGAUUCCUAUACAUGUGAUGUCUUUGUUUAAAAAAAAAAAAAAAAAAAAAAAACACAUUUGUUAAAAAAAACUAAUCCCUUUUGAAAUAAGCCUAACAAAGCAAAAUGUGGAAAAAGCAAAGAGCUGUGAAUACUUUGCAGAUGCACUGAACACCCUGGACUGGCUGAUGAUGAAGAAAUCCCCGCAGAACAUGCAAACUCCAGAAAUUCGAACCAGGAACCUUUUGGCGGUGAGGCAGAAGCGUUAAUUAUGAUUUAAUUUCUUCUUCAGCAGCAUUUUUUAGUGAACAAUAGAUACAUCGAUUUAUCAUUGGACAGCACAGCGAUGCGCGCGGCUAUCACCUCUGCCUCACAGUCAGAGGUUCUGGGUUCGAAUCUCUGCUUCAAUAAUUUCAGGAGUCUUCAAUUAACCUCACUUGUGUUUGGAAUGGGAGGAAGCAUGGGUACCCAGAGAAAACCCACACGAAUGAAUCUGGUCAAACGCUCUCUAUCGUAAAGCCUUUAGGAACAUUUGAACAUUCUUGUAUUGACAUUAAUUAACUGUACUUCUCACAUUGUACUGGUUAUCGUCACACUCCCCCCCCCCCCCCAUCACUGGUAUCCUGAUGUGGUGGUGGCAUGACAAAAAAGAAAAAGAAAAAACAACUCACUUAUUACUUCACUACCAUUUGAUGGGUGUUGAAUUCAAAUAUCCAUGUUAACAUGGAGGCCUGGCUGUGAUCAACUGUAAAUUGUACCACUUUUAGGGUUACUGUACGUUGAUCUUAAGAGCCAUAUAUUUUUUGUUUGUUUUCUACUGUGUCGUUCGUUAUAUGUUGGAUUUUUUUCCCCCACAUUUUUUGUUUGUAAAACAUGGUACACCAUUUGAUUUGGAAUGUGGUCAUAUGACAACGUUAGCUCUUCUCGAUCAACUAGCUCAAAUUCACGUAAUCUGUUAGGUACACCAGCUACACUCCUCAUUUACCUUUCAUCCAAAGAAAGAAAAGUUUCUCCAUAGGCUGGUCUGCAGUCUUCUACGUCCAUGCCUUUCUAAUUUCCUCAUGUAUUAUUAGUUGCGUCUUCCCUUUUUCACAAAGGCAUGGAGUGAAAACAGAAGUUAAAUGUGAUCGUUUUGUUUCAUACUGGCAGCUCCUAUAUGGUGUGUUUCAUUACAUUUCGUUGAGCCGAUUUUGUUUGUGUGGAGAUCCAGUUACAUUUUCAUUUCAGCUCAGUCUGACAUUGACUAUUUGUUCUCAGUAUCUCAGUAAAAAAUAAGUUAAUUUAUAGCACUAACGGAAGCAAUGUGUGAAACUCAAUGAUGUUAUUUCCUAGCAAAGAUAUCAAGCUAAAUGUACUUGAUUAUAAAUAAACCCACAUUUAAAUGUAUAACUGUUUAGCUGAGAGAUGUAUUUUAACAAAUAAAUGUAUUCACAAUAUCA